GGUAUUUACAUAAAUUAUUGCUUCAUUAAAAAGUAGAGGCUACGAACAAGUUACAUACAAGCCUGAUUUUUAGUAUGCAAAUUAGUUUAUUUCUUGUCGCAUAUAUGUUGUUAAUAAGAUGAGGUUCAACGCCUUAUUUGAAAAAUUUGAACUAUGUCGAGACUAGCUGAUUAUUUUUGUGUAGUUGGCGUUGAAGAUGUUUCUGAUAACUUGAUAAAUAAAAAAGUUGAGUUAAAAAGCAGUAUCAUACAGCGGUUUCCGUGCAAGGAUUGGAAAGAUGUUCCUUUUCCCCAAGGGCUCGAACAUUUUUGCCAGCCAGGAGGAUGGUUUUCAUCUGUUAAAAAUCUUCCUCCAACUUUUUAUGUUGCAAUCCUUACUGAUAUUGAGGGAAAGUCCAAUUACCUAGCUUGUUUGACAUUUUAUGAAGGAAUAUCUGUUGAUACGUCAAGUGAUCAUCUUACUGAUAAAAUAUGUUACAUUCCAAAAUGUUUAUGCUUGGUGUCAAGAAAUAAGUAUUUCAAUACACUUAAGAACUGUUUAUUGACUAUUCUUGCUGGUUUUUUAAAUGGCAAGUCUGAAAUACUAGAAAAAAUGAUAGGUUGUAUGUUAGGAUUUGUUCAUGUGCCUCCUCCUGGUGGUCCAAAACUAAUGUUUUCCAUUGGUGGCGGCGACAGUCAAGUUCUACAACCACCACUUUCAAAAGAUCUGCCUUCCACCCACGAAUCUGUUGCUGUACUGUUUAACCAGCUAGGUAUCAAUUCUAUGUUAAAAAUAUUUACUGCAUUGGUAACGGAAGCAAAGAUAUUGUUACUUGCUUCAAGUUAUAGUCAUCUCACUAUGGCUGCUGAAGCUCUUGUGUCAUUAUUAUAUCCUUUACAGUUUAGUUAUGUUUUUAUUCCUACAUUACCGUCAUCAUUGCUAGAUUUUUUAACUGCUCCAACACCAUUUUUAAUGGGUGUGCAUAUGUCAUAUAAAGGACUCAUACCUGAACUAUUUGAUGUGGUUGUUGUGAAUAUUGACGAAGGUUAUGUAACUGUUCCAGAAUCCAUUCAUCUUACCUACAUCUCUGAACCUUACUACAGUAAUAUUUUAAAGUUGUUAAAAAUGAUAUUGACACCGUCACUUUUUACAUCUGAUUUGUUAUUUCCGGUACCAGACUCUCCACAAACUCUUGCUCUUCAGGAUAAAGAACUUCGUGCAGUGUUUAUAAAACUUUUUGCUGAAAUGUUUUGUGGUUAUCGCUCUUGUUUAACAUUAAUUAGAGUUCACCCAAAACCAAUAAUUUCAUUCAACAAGAUGGCAUUUAUGGAAAAACGGGGAUUAGUUGGAGACGAUUUUUUUAGCAAAGUUUUAGAUAGUGUUUCAUUUUCUACUAUGACUCAAGCACGUGGGCCGCCAUAUCGUGUGGUUGACAUGUUUGAUGAGUUACUGGCUACUGUUACUCCUUCAGAUAAAGAAAAAAGUACAGAAGAACUUUUAGCUGAAUUGAUUCCUAUUGUAGAUCAUUUAUGUGAAAAUGAACCUUGGUUUGACAAUCCUGAAAUAAGCACAAUUCCUUCAAUAAACGUUGAUAUGUUUAAUCACCCUUUAAAGAGAUUCCCACUUCUGAAUGAAGUAAAAAUAAACAGCUAUUUAGUGCAAAGUAAUGAAUCUGUGCAAGGAAAAGUGUUUAAAGCACCUGUAAUUACUCCUAAGCAAGUACCUAUUAGCACCUAUGAUUUACCUGUAACUCAUUUCAUCAAUCAAAGAAGACUUGAAGUUAUAAAAGAUUGUGUACAAUAUAUUUAUGAGAGCAAAAUCUCGGAAGCAAGAAAGGCAAUGCCAUCUGUGUUGCGUGCUUUAAAAAGCAAAGGAGCUCAAUUAGCUUUGUGCAAUGAAUUAGAACUACGAAUCAAAAAUGAAAAGAGUGCUAUUUUAGAACAUGACCAAUACAACUUAAUUAUUCGUCUGAUAGAUGCAGCGCUAAAAGAAGCAAAUACUGUUUAUAACACAAAUGUGGCUGCAAAAGUAAUUCCUAUUGUUUCUGCAUUUCAUAGAAAACUUGGUUCGAGUGCUAUUCAAUUUGCGUACACAUCAGUUCAAGAGCAUGCUGUUUGGAGCAAUAUGCAGUUUUGGGAGGAAGCAUUUUAUGCUGAAGUUCAAAGACAAAUUGUUCAAUUACAUGUCAAUGAACGAUUAAGUGCUCUCAAAAAAGAAAAAAAAGAUAAAGCAGAAUCAAAUAAUUUUCUUCAAACACAAGAUAUGGAUUCAUUAAAUGUUGCAGAUGGAAAAAAUCAGCGCAACAGUAUGUUUUUUGCACCUUCUGUAAACACCCCAAAUACACGUAUCCGCGCAUUUACUCGAAACAAAGAUUUUUCUCAAAAUUUGGGUGACUCUGCACAAACAACUGAUAGCAAUGAGACUAUCAAAAGUGAUUUGCCUAAUCCAAUGAAUUUGGCUGCUGAACUGCUUAGUGAAUGGGACACAAAGAGUGAAGAAGAGAAAGAGCGUUUAGUUUAUGCAGAAGAGAGCAUCGUUUAUAGCAUCACAAUGCUAUUUGCUCAACAGAUGAUGUAUUUACGUGUCCCAACAAAUGCUUGUGUUGAGAUGCGAAAGUUAAAUGCACAAAAGAAGAAGGAAUAUGAGAAGAGAUUGCAGCAAGCAUUAGAUAAAAAUGAUGGCGUUUCAAUAAUGAAUGACGAUAAUUUGUCAAUGUCCCUUAAGCCUUCAAGCAGUAUAGUGGAUGGAAGUUCAACUUACAUAGGUGGAAGCAUAAUGGAAAGUGGCAGUAUUGCAAGUGCAAAUGAUUGGACGGAUAUAAUGGAUUUUGGCGAAAGUGUUAAAGAUACAACCUCAAAGUUUAUCCUUCGGUUUGUGGAACGUGUUUGUAUUGAAGCUGGUGUCACUGCGGCUCAUUUAAAGAGUCUGCAAACAAAUAUCCCAAUGCUUGUUGGCAUGCAUAUUGAGUCUCUUGAAGAAGUUUACAGGGAGACAAAAGAUGCUCCUAUGCAAAAGGCAAAAAUUAUGAAACCUACACUACUGGUUGGUGAAAACCUCCAAUUUGACGGUAUUCGAUGCUUACUUAUUGCUGAUGGUCGUGAAUUGGGUGUACGAGAUACCAAUAAGCAAACAGUUGUUGAAAAAAUAGAAGAUGAUAGAGAAAUGAAUAUUGGUGCUGACAAUGGUGGUCCAUGUCUGUUGCCUGCUGAUGGAGCUCUUUUUUUGACAAACUAUCGUGUAAUUUUCAAAGGAACUCCAUUAGACCAAUUUGCCUCAGAAAUGACAGUAACUCGAUCUUUCCCAAUUGGUGCAUUAAUAAAAGAAAAAAAAGUUAAUGGAAUGUUUAAUAUUGCAAAUCAAAACUACGAUAGCUAUCUGCAAAUUCGUUCAAUUACUUUUCAGGUUCUGAAACUGGCAUUCGAUGAAGAGGUGUUCCCAGAUGUGAUUGAAAAUCUAAGAAAAUCUCUUGUUAAAGCGAGGUGGCCAACAACUGUAUACAGUACAUUUGCUUUUAAUUUAAAAGAAAAACCUACACUUCAGCGAACCCUUUCACAAAGGCAACAUUCUAUACGUAAAGCAAAUAAAUCCAUAAAUACACUUGUUACUGUUAAAAAUAUUGUCAGCAUUAAUUCAAAAAAAGGGAAGACUAAACUUGCUCAAACAGGUGAUACAACAGCGCGCAAGUACCAAGCAGUAAAGGCAGAUGAUGAAGAUAAUGAUGAUAUGAAACAAGUUUUAUUUGAACAAGAAAACAGAGGUGCUGACCGCCUGAAAGAAUCAGUUGUAUAUAAAGAUUAUGAAAGACUGGGUUUAGGUUGCAUUACAAAAGCAUCUCCAUCACAAUGGAGGCUAUCCAUGAUAAAUUUUCAUUACAAUGUUUGUAGGAGCUAUCCAGCUGUGGUAGUUGUUCCAUCUCGUGUUGUUGAUGAUACUAUCAUGAAAGUUUCCAAGAAUCAUCGUUUAAAUCGCUUUCCUGUAGUGGUAUGGAGUCAUAAAAGGACAAAGGGAGCUUUGUUAAGAUCCGGAAGCAUUAGCAAAAGUGUUCUUACAUCUGUACUAAAAGGAAGUUUAAACACCAACCAAGUAUCAAACUAUAACAGUUCAAAUAUAAGUGAAGAUGAAAAGAUGUUUUCUGAAAUUGUGAAAGCCACUCAAAUGCGAAUAGCCAAAGGGAAGGUUUCCUCUAUAAGUGCUGGAGCCGCUUUGUCAAUGAUGGCUAUGUCUGAUGAUUUUGCAAGUUUGUUUGAGGGUUCUCAGCAAUAUAAGAAACUCACAGAGGAACAGGCUGAGAUUAAUAGCUGGACCCCUGCUAAUUUAUAUAUCUUUACUGAUAAAAGUUCAAAGAUAUCAGUCAAAAUGGAAUCUUCAAGCAAGAUUGUUGUUGUCAACGUUGAUAUACAUGAUGUUGGUCAAGUAAAAACAAGUUUUGCAAAACUAUUAAAAGUUUGUUGUCCAAGCAAUUCAUCAAUUGAAAAGACGUUUUUCAGUGCUUUAGAAGAAUCAAAAUGGAUGUCUCAGAUCUCUUCAUUACUUCAAUUGGCAUGUUCAAUUUUAACUUUAAUUGAUGUACAAGGUUCCUCUUGUUUAAUAACAUUGGGUGAUGGAUCUGAAGUAACUGCUCAGUUAGUAAGUCUUGUUCAAAUACUUUCUGACCCUUUCUACCGGACUAUAAAAGGUUUUAAAGUACUUAUUGAAAAAGAUUGGCUUGCUUUUGGUUAUCGCUUUUCUCAUCGUGGUAAUCAUACAUUUCCUGCCCAGCCAACUGUUGCACCUUUUUUUUUGCAGUUUCUUGAUUGCGUUCACCAGGUUGUAAUUCAGUUUCCUCAUGCAUUUGAGUUUAAUAUUUACUUCUUGAAAUUUUUGGCAUACCAUCAUACAUCAAUGCGCUUUAACACAUUUUUUCUUGACUCUGAACAUGAGCGAUACCAACAUGGCUGGUUUCCUGAUUCAGAUGUUCGUCUUAAUGAGGAACAUACACAGAAGUUAAUUUCCUCACUUGGCAAUGUUAGUCGUGCUCGCAAAGAUGCUGCCAUUUUAAAAGCAGAGCUCUUAGCUGAGCAACAAGCUGAACAGAAGAAAAAGAAAAACGCUAGCAUGUCUUUAUGGGACUAUUUAGAUAUUCAAUCAGAAAAGUUGACUUUGUUUCAUCAAUUUAGUUACCAUCCAGAGCUAAGCAAAGGGGUUUUGCAGCCAUUUUGCAAUAUAUCUAAUCUUGAAAUCUGGGACUACUAUAUUGCAGAAAAUCUUUAUACUGGUCCAACUUAUGACCCUGAAAUAAUAUCAGACUUUGAUAUGGGAACAUCAAUCAAUGAGGUUGGAGUUGAUACUAACACAUCAAAUGAUGUUGAUCGAGAAGACUCACAAAGAUGUGUAACAGGUUGUUAUGGAACAACAAAAGAUUUUCCUCGAGAUGAGUGUUCUUAUUUAUUAAAUGAACUUAGUCGUUUAGCAGAAGAGCUUGACCAAUCAACCCAAAAAUGGCAGAAUGUUUGGAUGAAAAUUGAUAUUAAAGAAAUACUUCAUAAGCAACAACGAUCACACAAUUGGUCUUUAUUCUGGACUAGAGAAAGACGCAUUGCAAUGCAUAAAAGAGCCACCUUAGAUAUGGUGCUUAAGGGAAAGUUAACAGAUAAUGUUCAAAUACGCAGUGAGUUUGGAUUAGAUUUUCCUCAUCAGUUUCAAUAUCAUAAUUACAUUUUGUCAUCGAUAUGUAACUACUGUUUGCAAACAAUAUCAGGAUUGCAUGGAGGUAUGCAAUGUGUACAAUGCUUUUAUAAUGUGCAUGAAAAAUGUCAAUCAAUGGUUCCUACAGCAUGCCCAAAACAUCCAAGUUUAAUAGAUCAACCUGUCGCAGAUAUGUCAAUCAGUAGCCACAGUUUACCUGGUAACGAAAGAGUGAUUUCUCGAAACUUCAAAGGAACUUUAUAUAAAAAAGGUAGACGCAUUCGCCAAUGGAAAUCUCGUUGGUUUGUAUUGGAUGCAGAACGUAAUCAUUUAACCUAUUAUCUUUCUGAAGAAGAUACUCAACUUCAAGGGUACAUCAAUUUGGGCGAAAUGAGAGGUUGUCGUAUCACAGGUACUUUACCAGCUGGUUCACCUAAAUGGGCUGAUGGUAGAUGUUGUAUUGAGCUUGUGACUACAAAACGAGAUCACUUUUUCCUUGCGCACAGCCAUGAAACUGCUCAAGAAUGGGUUGAACGACUUAACGCUUUGAAUGCUUAGUAGCACUUUAUGAUGUCCUCAUAGAUUCAUUCUGUGUUGAUAGCAACAAUUAGUUAACGACCACUUAAAUAUAAUCAUCUUCUAUUUAAGCACGUCAAAGAAAAUUAUAUUUGUUAAAUUAUGCAGAGCGAUAUUUUUACGUUUUUAUUCUAAAGGCUAAAAAAUGCUUAAUUUUUAACAUGACUUGUAAAUCAAACCAUUUGUAUUUAAAACCUUAUUGCCAUUGUUAGGGUUAUUAAAGAAUUUUUAUGCA